GGAAAAGGCUCCAAAAGGUACGCAAAAGCGACUGACGCACGUUGCAGAGCCGCUCCAGAAGAAAUAACAGCGACUCAGAAAUCAGUUCGUAAGACAAGAUCAAGGAAGACCGUUGAAAAUGUCCAUCGGAGUACCUAUCAAAGUUCUGCAUGAGGCCGAGGGCCACAUUGUGACCUGUGAGACCAACACUGGGGAGGUGUACAGGGGCAAGUUGAUCGAGGCCGAGGACAACAUGAACUGCCAGAUGUCCAAUAUAACGGUGACUUACCGUGAUGGCCGGGUGGCACAGUUGGAGCAAGUCUACAUCCGUGGCAGCAAGAUCCGCUUCCUGAUCUUACCGGACAUGUUAAAGAAUGCUCCGAUGUUGAAGAGUAUGAAGAACAAAAACCAAGGUUCCGGUGCAGGAAGAGGCAAGGCGGCUAUUCUCAAAGCGCAAGUGGCCGCAAGGGGUCGAGGCCGUGGCGGAAUGGGACGAGGCAACAUCUUCCAGAAGAGGCGAUGAUUAUUGCCAGCUGCGUUAAGAUUGUUUCAUUGUAUAGUCUUAUGUUUUAAAUUUUGUCUUUCGAUUGGAUAUCUUUGGUGUUUUUUUGCAAUCCUGUACUUUGCAGUUUAUUGCUUUACUUUCAUUUUUUCUGAAAAUAAACCUAUUUCAAUUUG